GAAUUAAUUCUGUACGUCGGUGUGUCGUUGCACCGUCAGUCGUGAGUUACGCGAGCGGAGCGACAUACAAACAUUCUCUGAGGUGGAACAGCCGCGGCCGCUUUGUUUUGGCUUUCAACCGAGAUAUCGGACAUGUGAGCACGAAACACAAUGGCUCUCUCAUCGGAUUGCUGGAAAUAUCUUGUGCUGACCUUCAAUAUUUUGUUCGCUAUGUCAGCAGUAGUACUUUUUGGCGCUAGUGGAUUUUUUCUCUACCGGCUCUUUAUCUACCGCCACUUCAUUGGAGUUGGCGUACAGUACCCAGUAAUUUUAUUGCUGAUGAUGGCCAUAAUUACCUGUUCCAUUGCCUGGAUCGGUUGGAGAACGGCCAAGUCUAUGCAUCAAAUUCAUGUUAUAAUGACCGGUAUCCUCAUCAUACUGGUUGUGGUUAUAGAAUUCUCGUGCUUCGUGUGGGCGAUGGUGGCUUGGGACAACAUCGAGAUAGACAUUAAGACGACAAUGACGUCAUACUUUAUGUUGACUGGUGAAAACAAAGAAACUAAUGCGGAUUCAGUCCGAUGGGACAGAUUGCAUGUUAAGUUUGAAUGCUGUGGAGUGAGUGGUCCGAACGAUUAUAGCUCAACUGGUCAUGUCCCAUUUUCCUGCUGCGGCCAAGGACCACUGGACUCUAUGCAGAAACCAUAUACCUCAGACUGCUCAACUCUAUACCAAAGAGGUUGCGGUAACCUGUUACACGACUACGCUAAGAACCAGCUGUUAAUGGUUGCUAUUGCGGCACUCAUAGCUUCAAUGUUGCAGAGCACAGGUAUAUUCUGCACAUUCUUCUUGGCGCACGCGAUCACGGAGAAACGAAGAGCUUCCAUCAGGCAUUCGAGGUCAGUGCGAGAGUCGACUUUCGCCGCGCCAGAUGACACCUUGCUGACACCGACAGCCCCUGCACCAACCUUGCCAAAGUAUUAGAAUUAUAAUAUAAAUAAGUUAUUAAUAAUAUUAUAGACUUCUUUUCAUUUUAUAUUACUGUAGUAGAGCGAACCGGAUCAGCACCUACGCAUAAGAGGCUUCGAAACUUUAAUAAACGUAAUAAAGUACUUAUGAAGAGAAAAUGAAAACAAACGUAGAAAAACAUUUUGUUUAGGAUGUCAUAAACAACGCAACGAUUGCAUAAAAUUAAAUAGAUUCAAAAAAAGAAAAUAACAUUAAGUUGGAUAAAAAAAAAUGACAAAAUUAGAAUGGUAUUUUGUCAUUAUUUUUCUUUGGUAUAACUUUCUAUAGAAUAUUUACCUUCACUUAACUUGUAAACUUCACGUAAUUGUAAUUUACAGCUAUAUAGGUAUAU